AGAGAGAGAGAGAGAGAGAGCAGGGCUGUCCGUGGAUCCUGAAGCAGCAGCAGCCACAGCUCGAGCUGAGCUCUGCGUGGACUCUCAUCAGCCCACCGAUCCCGCUGAUGGAUCAGUGACGUGUCCGACCGUGGAUCUGCGUGUUUCACUGUUUGUCUGUGUAUUUCUGCGUGUUUCCCGGCUCAUCGGUCCGGUUCUGCGGCCAUGGGUUUCUACGGCACCCUGAAGCUCAUCUUCUACAAGAUGAAGAGGAAGCUGGAUCAUGGUCCAGAUGGCCGACCGUUCCCCUCAGGAAAGAAGCACUGCAAGGGAAACGGAUACCUCAGUCCCUCCAGUCUGGCUCAGGCCACGCCCACGACGUUCGGGGACCUGCGGCUGGCGAAUGGCCAUUCAGCUCAGCGGCGACGGGUCAACUCCGGCCCGCCUCCUUCUGGACUGCAAGACUGGCUUCUUACUUUUCAGACGUGGAGCGGCCCAGAAAGGCUCUUGGCUCUGGAUGAGCUGAUUGACCGCUGUGAGACCAGCCAGGUGAAGCACAUGAUGCAGGUCAUCGAGCCUCAGUUCCAGAGAGACUUCAUAUCUCUGCUGCCCAAAGAGCUCGCCCUGUACGUGCUCACCUUCCUCGCUCCGAGCGACCUGCUGCAGGCCGCGCAGACCUGCAGGUACUGGAGGAUUUUGGCUGAGGACAACCUGCUGUGGAGGGAGAAAUGCCGCGAGGAAGGUAUAUCAGACAGAAUGCCAUACCAUCGCAGAGACUGUGUGCAUCCAGACGCUUCAUUCAGCCCUUGGAAAUCUGCCUACAUUAGACAGCAUCGCAUAGAGACCAACUGGAGGAAGGGGGACAGGAGGGAACCCAUGGUGCUAAAAGGUCACGAUGACCAUGUGAUCACUUGCCUCCAGUUCAGCGGAGACCUGAUCGUCAGCGGUUCAGAUGACAACACGCUCAAAGUGUGGUCAGCCAUCACUGGAAAGUGUCUGCGCACGUUGACGGGUCACACCGGUGGCGUGUGGUGCAGUCAGAUGACCGGCGCCACUGUGAUCAGCGGCUCCACUGACCGGACGCUUCGGGUGUGGGACGCCGAGAGCGGGGAGUGCGUGCAUGCUUUGUACGGGCACACGUCCACCGUGCGUUGCAUGCACCUACACGGCAACAGGAUUGUGUCGGGCUCCCGGGACACGACGCUACGCAUGUGGGACGUGUCGACGGGCCAAUGCGAGCACGUGCUGACGGGCCACGUGGCGGCGGUGCGCUGCGUCCAGUACGACGGGCGCCGCGUGGUGUCAGGCGGCUACGACUACAUGGUGAAGGUGUGGGACCCCGAAGCUGAGGUGUGCCUGCACACCCUCCAGGGACACACCAAUAGAGUGUACUCUCUGCAGUUUGAUGGCGUCUUUGUAGUGAGCGGCUCGUUGGACACGUCAAUCAGAGUCUGGGAUGUGGAGACCGGUGCGUGCGUCCACACUCUGACUGGCCACCAGUCGCUGACGAGUGGGAUGGAGCUUCGGGACAACAUCCUGGUGUCUGGGAACGCCGACUCCACCGUACGAGUGUGGGACGUCCGAACAGGACAGUGUCUCCACACAUUGCAAGGUCCCAAUAAGCACCAGUCUGCAGUGACGUGCCUGCAGUUCUGCAGAGGUUUAGUUCUGUCCAGCUCCGAUGAUGGGACCGUCAAGCUGUGGGACCUGCGAACCGGAGCCUGGCUGCGGGACGUGGUGGCGCUGCAGAGCAGGGGAUCAGGUGGGGUGGUGUGGCGGAUCAGGGCGUCUGACACCAGGCUGGUGUGCGCUGCAGGAAGCAGGAACGGCACCGAGGAGACCAAGCUGCUGGUGUUGGACUUUGACCUGGAAGACAGGAAGAAGGACACGGAUUUAAAAUGAGAGAGAAAAGGAAGUGGGCGUUAUUUUUUAACAGCCACGCUACGGACACAAAGCGCAUUUCUUUUGUUGUUGUUGACCAAAGUCCCGACUGAACCGAUCAGUCACCUGUGAAUGUUACAACAUGAGCUGAUUGGCCGACAGAGACAGACGGACGAAAAAAACCUGCUGCUGUUUUGAUGAAUCAAAAAGUGACUCAAACCAUUUGUGAUGCUCAGAAUAAUGGAUGUAAUAUAUGAAUGUUUGACAGAUUUAUUUCAGAGAGAAAGCUCGAAGUUUUGAAUGUAGCCAUUUGAAGAGAAGCUACGAGGGCAUUCAGACGAGGGCGUUGGCUCCUUUUCUUUUGCUGCUGUACCAAUGAGCUGAUGAUGCCGUUCAAACUAACCAAACCGAAAAACUCAAGCGAUGGAGGAGAGCGAUUUUUUUUUUUUUUUUCCCCACUCAUAUUUAGUCAGUGUUGGUUUCAAAGUGGUGUUAUUUCAGGUUGCUUUCUGCCGCUGUCUGUACUCAGCCUGUUCUGGUUCAGCCCUCUUCAGAACUGUUACAUGUUCAGAAAACAAGCUGCUGUUUGUUCCAAUCAUGCAAAGUGGGAUAACUAACCCCC